GAUACUUCUCUAGUUCCUCCUCACGACGUGAUCAUGACGCCUAAAUCACCUGAUCAACGGGCUUCUUCAACAACCGGAAUUACCUGUGCUACCCUAUCUUUUUCGCGACCAGAGGUCUCAGAAAAAGUUGAACACUAUGGUCAUGCUGACCAUAUUAAUAAUUACCAUGCUGCUUUUGUUAAUGGUGGCUAUGAUGGCGGCAAUGUUGACAGUACACGUCCCGUAGCCACUCCCCCACUGGCCACCACUGCAUCUAUGCCAAACCAUAUGCCUACCCUUAGUGGCUCAAGUAAUGUCUCUCUAAAUGACAAGCUGUCUGUGGUCCGUGGACGUCUCUCGCUACUGGCGGAUUCUUUAGUUGAUCUUCCUGAGGAACUUGGUCAGAGCGUACUUUUGGAGGCUUUGGCUGUCCUAAAGCCUUUGAUGCGAUAG